AUGCAUCUCUCCCACGAAAUUUCCUACCAGUUUUCACAAUUUGGGUUUGUUUCUUCGUUAAUUUGCAAUUCGGUAUUUCUGUAUCUCACUGCGUUCCGCAUCAAAAAAAUCACUGGAACAUAUAAACUAAUGGUCUUAGUAUUUGCUUCUGUUGGAAUCGUUUUCUCAGCAUGGGAUUUGAUUGCGCGACCAUUUGCACACAGUUUCAAUGCAGGAUUCGUAUAUUUCAGCUUGAACUCUUUGAUUCAAGAAUAUCCAUACUUUUUUCAAUUUGCAAUCCUACUAUAUGCCAGUUUUUAUAUAGUAAUUUUGGCAAUUAUUGCAGUGCAGUUCGCCUUUCGUUAUUCAACUCUAUAUAAACCAAAUAUUGCCAAGAACUUUGGGGGAUAUGGAGUUAUAGUUUGGAUGCUUUACUGUAUAUUUUGUGGGCUUAUUUAUGGGGCUGCACUGGGCCAUUUUGGGCAUCCUGAUGAUUAUUCUGAUGAUUACAUGAGUGAACCGGUUCAAAAAAUGUACAACUACAGUAUUACUUCCUUGCCACGUUUCCCGAUCAUCCCUUACGCGGCAGAUGGAUCUGUGAGAUGGAACAAUAUCUACUUUCUAAUUAUUGGAGUGUUCAUCAUAAACAUACAAUAUGUUAUAAUACUUUAUUUCGGUGUCCGCAUGCGUACAAUCCUUAAGAACGAGCUCCAACAACAAUCAAUUGUGAAUCAAAAACUUCAAAAGCAAUUCUUUAAAGCUCUUGUAGUACAAACUGUUGUUCCAACAUUAUUUUUUGUACUGCCAAUUGCUCCUAUUCUAAUUGCCCCGUUAUUUGAACCACUAAUCACAAUUAAGAUGAACCUACCAUCUGGGUGGGUGUAUGUCAUUGUGAGUAUGUUCCCACCUGUUGAUACAAUUGCUUUCAUGAUUAUUGUAAAGGAAUACAGAACAGCUUUAAAAGAUUUAUUCAAUGUGAUUUUUUGGAACAAAUUUAAUGCAGUUAGCGAUGUGUCAACAAGGACUUCCCGAACAACAUAA